UCACCCGCCAGUGCAACCAUCAUAUUAUUUCUCCCUCCACCUUGUUUUAACCUGCUGAAAUCAUCUUGUCAUUUACCCGCUGUAUUCUUUCGCUAUUAACGUGUCACAUUAAACCAUUCGUUCAAUUCUGCAUUUAUUCAUUGCAUUUCAAUCUUGUCAAGACCAUUUAGGAUGUCUCAGCAUAUCAACAAUAGUGAUGAGGAUAUACUGAGUCCAUUUCAAGAUCCAAACUCGUCAUUUCAUUCAAAUGAUGAAACUCCAUUCAAUAACACUCCCCAAUCCAGAGAUUUUUCAAAUGAUUCAUUCAAAUCAGCAAGACUGCCACCACCAACGUCCCAACCUCCGGUGUUACCAACUUUCAAUAAUAGUCAGAGAAAUUCAAAGGCUUCUGAUAAUGAAUCAAUAAUCAGUGCAUUACCAACUCCAAAUUUGAAAACAGUUUCAUCACCACAACAAAGUAUAAAUAGAAGACCCUCGCUCCGGUUUAACCUACCUAACAGUCCUCAAUCAACCAUUUCAAACGUGCCCUCGCCCACUACUCUUCAUUAUAGUCAUACUCAGAAUCAUAAUCAAAACAAUACCACCGUUCCACCAACAAAGUUCAUUCCAACUAACUCAAAAUCUUCUCCAUUUAUGGAUUCAAAUGUAAUCAUGGAAAAUGAAAUUUACGGGUUGAAAAGACCAAAUAGCCCAUUCAUUCACGAUGCAAACGCGUCAACCAAUUAUGAAGAAGAAGAAGAAGAAGAUGAAUAUUAUGAUAACGACCCUAAUGAUGUUAAUAGAAAAGAAACUGUAAUGAAAAGAAAUAGAUGGGGGACCACUAGAAAUAAAAGCGGGAGACCUCAACGAGAAAAUUUAAGUCGAUCCAAAACUUUAACUAAAAUUUUACAUCCAAAAAAUUCUAAUAGAUCAAGAUCAAAUACUAUUCGUAGUAGAAAUGAUUCAAUUAAAAAACCAAAUACUUUAAGUCAGGACGAUUAUCAUCCUUCUAACUUAAGUACUGAAACUUUAACUAACUCUUCAAAUAAUGAUGUUAAUGAUCCAGAAAAAGAUCCUUCAGAUAAAAAAGAUGAAAAACGUUCAGUUGUUUUCAAUAAAUUAUUACCAGAUGAAUAUUUAGAUCCUGAAACCGGUAAGCCAAUCACUUGGUAUCCAAGAAAUAAAAUUAGAACUACCAAAUAUACUCCUUUAUCAUUCAUACCCAAAAAUUUUUCAAACCAAUUUUUACAUAAUAUUGCUAAUAUUUAUUUCUUAACUUUAAUCAUUUUAGGUGCUUUCCAAAUCUUUGGUGUUCCUUCUCCCGUAUUGGCAGCAGUCCCUUUGAUUGUUAUCGUUAUUAUCACUUCCAUUAAAGAUGCCAUUGAAGAUUCAAGGCGUACCAUUACUGAUUUGGAAGUUAAUAAUCAAACUACUCAUAUCUUGACCCAAAUCAAAAAUGAUCCCGAUUAUUUUUAUCAAAAUUUAAACGUUAAUGAUGAAAAAAUCGGUUGGUGGAGAUUAUUUAAAAAAUCAUGCUCUAAACUUUUAUUCAAAUUUAUUCAUUGGUGUAAAAAUAAUUUUUCAAAAGAAGCAAAAGCAAAUAAUAUUAGAUUGAAAAAUCAAAAAUUAAAUGGUGAUAAUCCUGAUUAUAGAAAAAGUUUAGAUAGUACUUUUUUCGAAGUUUCUUCUCCUCGCGAUUCAACUAGUGAUGAUCCUUUCAGUUCAAAUAAUGAAAACUUGGAAAGAAAACGUCAAUCUUUUAUUCAACGUCGCUCAAUGCAAGUUAAUCGUGAUAAAACUUUGGAAUUCACCAAAAAAUAUUGGAAAGAUGUAAAAGUUGGUGAUAUGUUAAGAAUUUAUAAUAAUGAUGAAAUUCCUGCUGAUGUUAUUAUUUUAGCCACGAGUGAUGAAGAUAAUUGUUGUUAUGUUGAAACUAAAAAUUUAGAUGGUGAAACUAAUUUAAAAGUUAGACAAGCUUUAAAAUAUGGUUCUACUUCUGAUAAUAAAAUUAAAAAAGCUGAUGAUUUAAUUAACCAUCGUUUUCAAAUUGAAAGUGAAGGCCCUCACGCUAAUUUAUAUUCUUAUCAAGGUUCUUUAAAAUAUGGUGACGAUGAUAAUGAAAAUAAAGAAUCAAUCACUAUUAAUAAUUUAUUAUUACGUGGUUGUUCUUUACGUAAUACUAAAUGGGUUGUUGGGAUUGUUGUUUUCACUGGUGAUGAUACUAAAAUCAUGUUAAACGCAGGUAUAACACCAACAAAACAAUCUAGAAUUUCAAGAGAAUUGAACUAUUAUGUUUUAAUGAAUUUCGUUUUAUUAUUCGUAAUCUGUUUCGUGUCUGGUUUAGUAAAUGGUAUUUAUUAUCGUCAAUCGGGUACUUCAAGAGAUUAUUUUGAAUUUGGUACUAUCGGUGGAUCUCCUUUUAAGAAUGGAUUGAUUAGUUUCUUCGUGGCUGUUAUUUUAUAUCAGUCUUUGGUUCCUAUCUCUCUUUACAUUACUAUUGAAAUUAUUAAAACUGCCCAAGCUUUUUUCAUAUAUUCUGAUCGUGCUAUGUAUUUUGAAAGAUUGGAUUAUCCUUGUACUCCAAAAUCUUGGUCAAUUUCAGAUGAUUUAGGUCAAAUUGAAUAUAUUUUCAGUGAUAAGACUGGUACUUUAACUCAAAAUUUAAUGGAAUUCAAAAAAUGUACUAUCAAUGGUGUUAGUUAUGGUCGUGCUUAUACUGAAGCUUUAGCUGGUUUACGUAAACGUCAAGGUGUUGAUGUUGAAUCUGAGGGAAAUAUUGAACGAGAACUUAUAAAUCAAGAUCGUAUCAAAAUGAUUGAUGACUUACGUAAACUCAAUCAAUCAAGCUCCGAUUAUGAUGAUGAAUUAACCUUCAUUUCUACCAACUUUGUUGAUGAUUUAAAUGGUCAAAAUGGUCCUAUUCAAAAACAAUCCAAUGAACACUUUAUGUUGGCCUUAGCUUUAUGUCAUUCAGUCUUAGUUGAAGAUGACCCAAAACGACCAGGUAAAAAAUUACUUAAGGCCCAAUCUCCGGAUGAAGCUGCUUUAGUUGGUACCGCAAGAAGUUUGGGAUAUGCAUUCCAGGGUAAUACAAAGAAAGGUUUUUUAAUUGAUGUAAAUGGUAUUCGUAAGGAAUAUCAAGUUUUGAAUACUUUAGAAUUUAAUUCAACCAGAAAAAGAAUGAGUACCAUUAUUAAAAUCAGUGAAGAAAAUCAACCUCCAAAAGCAUUACUUAUUUGUAAAGGUGCUGAUUCUAUUAUCUAUGGUAGAUUGUCCAAAAAAUAUAAUCAUUCAAAUAUGUUAGAGAGUACUUCAAAGCAUUUAGAACAAUAUGCCACAGAAGGGUUAAGAACUUUAUGUAUUGCUCAACGUGAAUUAAGUUGGAAUCAGUAUUCCGAAUGGAAUAAACGUCAUAUGGAAGCUUCAACAUCAUUAGAUGAUCGUGAAGCUAAGAUGGAGGCAGUUGCCGAUUCAAUUGAACGUGAAUUAAUUUUAUUAGGUGGUACUGCCAUUGAAGAUCGUUUACAAGAUGGUGUACCUGAUUCGAUUUCAUUAUUAGGAGAUGCUGGUAUUAAAUUAUGGGUAUUAACUGGUGAUAAAGUUGAAACUGCUAUUAACAUUGGAUUUUCAUGUAAUUUAUUAGGUAAUGAUAUGGAAUUAUUAUUAUUGAAAAAUACUUUACAAGAAGAAGAUAUUAAAGCUUUGAGUUUACCACCCACAAUCAAUGAAGAUUUUAAUAAUGAUCAAGAUUUGAUAAAUUAUUUGAUUGAUAAUUAUUUAAGUCGUUAUUUUGGUAAAACCGGAUCCAUUGAAGAAUUAGAAGAAGCAACUAAGGAUCAUUCACCUCCAGAUGAAGGAUUUGGAGUUGUUGUUGAUGGAGAUGCCUUAAAAUUAGCCUUGAGUAAUGAAGAAACCAAGAGAAAAUUUUUAUUACUUUGCAAACAAUGUAAAGCAGUUUUAUGUUGUCGUGUAUCACCAGCACAAAAGGCAGCAGUUGUUAAAUUAGUUAAAGAUACUUUAGACGUUAUGACACUAGCAAUUGGAGAUGGAUCUAAUGACGUUGCUAUGAUUCAAGCAGCAGAUGUUGGUGUUGGUAUUGCUGGUGAAGAAGGUAGACAAGCGGUUAUGUCAUCCGAUUAUGCAGUUGGACAAUUUAGAUUUUUAGCUAAAUUAUUAUUAGUUCAUGGAAGAUGGUCAUAUAAAAGGUUUAGUGAGAUGAUCCCCAGUUUUUUUUAUAAAAAUGUUAUUUUCACCAUUGCAUUAUUUUGGUAUGGACUUUAUAAUAAUUUUGAUGGAUCUUAUUUAUUUGAAUUUACUUAUCUUAUGUUUUAUAAUUUAGCAUUUACAUCAUUACCAGUGAUAUUUUUAGGGAUAUUUGAUCAAGAUGUUAGUGCUAAAGUAUCAUUAUUAAUCCCUCAAUUAUAUCGUACUGGGAUUAUACGAAGUGAGUUUACUGAAAGUAAAUUUUGGUGGUAUAUGGGAGAUGCAAUUUAUCAGUCGAUCAUAUCAUUUUUUUUCCCAUAUUUAAUGUAUUAUGAAGGAUUUCAAUCAAUGGAUGGAUUGCCAGUUGAUCAUAGGUUUUGGAUUGGUAUUGUUGUUACCUGCAUCUCAUGUAUUGCAUGUAAUUUCUAUAUAUUAUCACAUCAAUUCAGGUGGGAUUGGUUAUCGAGUUUAAUUGUUGCAUUAAGUAUAUUGGUUAUUUAUGGAUGGACCGGUAUAUGGACGUCAUCAAUGGCAUCGGCCGAGUUUUAUAAAGCCGCAGCACAAAUAUUUGGACAGACAUCCUUCUGGGCAUGUUCAUUUAUCGGGAUUCUAGUUUGUUUGAUCCCCAGAUUUUUUUAUGAUUUUGUUCAAAGAAUAUAUUGGCCAAAAGAUGUUGAUAUUAUCAGAGAAUGUCAAGCCAGAGGCGACUUUGACGCUUAUCCCGAAGACUAUGAUCCAACCGACCCCAAAAGACCUAAGAUCAGCCAGUAUAGUAGCGAACACGUUAAAAGGAAAAGCAUGACUCAACAAACCCAAUCGUCACCAAUCACCGGAACAACCAUCAAUCCCUCCCCCACCACCAAUUACUAUAAGCACAUGGAAACAAGUAGCUCCACCGGUGCCAGUGGAAGCACUGAUUUAGAACAACAGGCUGGCUAUUACAACACCAAAGAAGAACAAAGAAAAUCAAUGAUCAAAAGCUUAGAUCCCCGUAAAACCAAAAGACAGUCCCAGCAAAACCCUCCCAAGAGGAGAUCAGUGUUAGAUCUUUUCAAAAGAAAAUCCCAAGGAGUCUCCUAUUACGACAACAACUCAAUCAUUGAAACCUACAAUUUCCUGAAUGGCACCACCGAAGACUUACCCAACUCCAUUAGAACCGAAGAAAUCGCCAUGGAAGAUUUUAAUAACAAUCAGCAAAAGUUCUCCAGAAUAUCCAAUGACACCAGAAGAAUCUCCGCCAACUACCAGCCAAACCGCUAGCCCUUAUGACUUUAUUUCGUUUUGCUCCCCCUUGUUUCGGUUUUGUAUAUUUUAAUAGAUCGUAUAUAUGUUAUGUACAUUUAGAUGUAAAUAAAAAAGUUAUGUUAAG